AAAACGAAAGCGUGGCAUCUGCCUUCUUGGAUUUAUCGGAUUCUCUUUUCAGUAGAAAUUCACAUUUUAAUGGCACCCAGAUAGAAAGAAGAGAGAGAUAAUCAAUAAACAUGAAAUCCAACAAGAAAUUCAACUUGUUGUUUGCGAUAACUUUCCUACACUUAGUACUGUUAUGCUGCUCACAUUCAGUUGAGCAAUCCGAACCAAUACACUCUAUUCUGAACCGAUUGAACAGUAAUAAACCUUCUCCAACAGACCAAGAAUCCGCGGCCAGAGGUGUUCUCCAGAGACUGCUUCCUACCCAUUCAUCAAGUUUUGCGUUCUCGAUUAUCCCAAAGGAUGCCUGUGGUGGAAAUGGCUGCUUUCAGAUUAGCAAUUGCAAGAGCUCAAAUAGAGAUUCGGCUGAAAUAAUGAUAAAAGGAACAACUGCAGUGGAUAUCACAUCAGGACUGCAUUGGUAUCUAAAAUACUGGUGUGGAGCUCAUGUGUCUUGGGACAAGACUGGUGGCGUACAGCUUGGUUCAGUUCCCUCACCAGGAUCACUCCCUCUGGUGAAAGAUGAGGGUGUGAUGGUUCAGCGCCCAGUGCCGUGGAACUACUACCAAAAUGUUGUCACAUCUAGCUAUUCUUAUGUCUGGUGGGAUUGGGAAAGGUGGGAGAAAGAGGUCGAUUGGAUGGCACUUCAAGGAGUUAACCUUCCUCUGGCAUUCACAGGACAGGAAGCUAUUUGGCAAAAAGUUUUUACAGAUUUCAAUAUUACUAAGCAUCAGUUAAAUGAUUUCUUUGGUGGACCUGCAUUUCUUGCUUGGGCACGUAUGGGAAACUUACAUGGAUGGGGUGGCCCCUUAACUCAGAAUUGGUUAGAUAAACAGUUAAUGUUGCAAAAGAAAAUAUUAUAUCGAAUGCUAGAGCUUGGGAUGACCCCAGUUCUUCCGUCAUUUUCUGGGAAUGUUCCAGCUGCAUUAAAAGCAAUAUUCCCCUCGGCAAACAUAAGCAGGCUUGGGGAUUGGAACACUGUUAAUGGUGAUCCAAGAUGGUGCUGCACUUAUCUUCUAGAUCCUUCUGAUCCUUUAUUUGUAAAAAUUGGAGAAGCGUUCAUGAUACAGCAGAUUAAAGAAUAUGGAGAUGUCACAGACAUUUAUAGCUGUGAUACAUUUAAUGAGAACACUCCACCUACCGAUGAUCCAACGUACAUCUCGACCCUUGGUUCUGCAGUAUAUAAAGCAAUGUCUAAAGCCGACAAAGAUGCAGUGUGGCUGAUGCAGGGUUGGCUUUUUUAUUCAGAUUCAUCAUUUUGGAAGCCCCCACAAAUGAAGGCCCUCCUACAUUCUGUCCCAUUUGGGAAAAUGAUAGUGCUUGAUCUAUUUGCGGAGGUCAAACCAGUUUGGAAAUCAUCGUCCCAAUUUUACCACACUCCAUAUGGCAUGUGUAUGUUGCAUAACUUUGGUGGAAACAUUGAGAUGUAUGGCAUUCUAGAUGCAGUGGCUUCAGGCCCAAUUGAUGCUCGUCUUAGCAAGAAUUCCACCAUGAUUGGUGUAGGCAUGUGCAUGGAAGGGAUAGAACACAAUCCUGUUGUAUAUGAACUGAUGUCGGAAAUGGCGUUUCGAAGUAGUCGAUUCAACCUGGAGGAAUGGCUGACAAUCUACUCCCGGAGACGAUAUGGUAAAUCUGUUAAACAAGUCGAGACUGCAUGGAAGAUUCUUCAUCACUCUAUUUAUAACUGCACCGAUGGAAUUGCAGACCAUAACACGGAUUAUAUAGUAAAAUUUCCUGAUUGGGAUCCAUCGGUGAAUAACCAACAUGAUGCACGUGAGGUUGUUAAGAGGCACGGGCUCCUUGGUAUGCAACCAAACAGAAGGUUCCUUCUCCACGAAACAAGCUCUUCCUUGCCUCAGCCCCAUUUAUGGUACAACAAUCAGGACUCUAUCAGCGUGUUGAAGUUAUUCCUUGAUGCUGGAGACGAACUUGCUGAAAUUCCGACAUACAGAUAUGAUUUGGUUGACUUAACGAGGCAGUCGCUCUCGAAGCUUGCAAAUGAGGUAUAUCUGAGUGCAAUACAUGCUUUCCGACACAAGGAUGCACAGGCUUUAAGCAUCCACUCUCUCAAGUUCCUACAACUCAUCAAAGACAUCGACAAACUUCUCGCCACGGAUGAUAAUUUCCUACUCGGUCCUUGGCUUGAAAGUGCAAAAGGGUUGUCCCUCAAUGCAGAUGAGAGGAAACAGUACGAGUGGAAUGCAAGGACACAAGUAACAAUGUGGUACGACAACACUGAGUACGAGCAGAGCCAGCUUCACGACUAUGCGAAUAAGUUUUGGAGCGGCCUGUUGGAGAAGUACUAUCUUCCACGAGCAUCCAUGUAUUUUAUGCGUUUGCUGAGAAGCUUGAAAGAGAACGAGGGCUUCGAGUUGUUGGAGUGGAGAAAAGAGUGGAUUGCAUACUCGAAGCAGUGGCAGGCGGGAGUUGAGGCUUACCCAGUGAAGGCGCAGGGCGACGCUCUUGCUAUAGCACGGAAGCUCUACCACAAAUACUUCACCUAAGACAUGUGUAUCGAGGCGCGGGUAACGAGCAUUGCCACAACAGUGGCUUAUUGUUUCUGAUACUGUAUCAGUGUCCAGCAAUGAAAUGCUAGUUGCAACAAGCCAAAAUUAUUAUCUUUCCAUUUAUGUUCAAGAGUGUAAGAUCUUGAUUCUUAUUUGUGUAACCAGAUAUGCAAGAUUGCAAUUAAUGUUAUUGGAUAUGUUGAUAA